AUGUCUGAACAAGACGUUAAUCCAAAUAGAUACAAUGAGCUACGAAGCAUCUGUCAAUACCACAUAGAUAUAUAUAAUGCGUUAUACCAGCUGAAAACUGAAAAUAAUGAAGAUUUAAAGUCAAUUUACAAACAAAUCAAAACAGAAUUGAUUGACUCAAAGAACCGUCAUCCUAAAAGCAUUAUAAAAGAUAUUUUAAUGAUCAUUCAGUUUAACAAUCGCUAUACAAAGUCAUAUUUGACACUUGCCAAAUUCGUUUGUGAUGAUUAUCAUAUAACAGAAGUCAGCGAUAUCCCAAUAGUAUCAAGUUUCCUGUUUUAUAAAGAAUAUGGAAUUAAAUUAGACAAAUCUGGUCAUUUUGGAAACAUUGAAUCAGAAAAUCUCGAUAUUCAUACAGAAGACACAAUUUACAGCGCAAUUAUGUAUAAUGACCUAGAAAGAUUCAUCUGCUUCACAGAAAGAGAAGGAUUUGAUAAAAAUCAAAGACUUCAAAGCAGUUUAUAUCCAUAUUGUUGUUAUGGAUAUUCAUUACUUGAAUUAUGUUGUUAUCAUGGAGCUGUUGAUUGUUUCAAGUUCUUAAGAACGAAUUUUAACUCCGAAAUAACAGGAGUAUGUCUUCAAUUUUCAUUUUUAGGCGGAAACAAAGAUAUCAUGAGUGAAUGUUUGAAAUAUCAAAAACCAAAUCAUGUAUGCAUGAGAAAUGUAAUUAUUUCACACAACAUUGAUUUUGUUACAUUUUUAAUGAAUGAAUACAAUUUAAUAAUUGAAUUAGAUUAUUGUAAAGCAUUUAACAAUGUUGAAUCAUUUUUAGUUUAUUUUGAUCAAACUAAUGAUAUUAACAAAUGCUUUGUAUAUUCAGCAAAGUUUGACAUCCCAUCUCUUUGCGAAUAUUUUCUCUCUCAUGGUGCAAAUAUUAAUGAAAAAUAUGAUGGAUCAACCGCUCUUCAUUAUGCAGCAUUGAACAGCAGUAAAGAUACUGGUGAAGUUCUUAUUUCACAUGGUGCAGAUAUCAAUGAAAAAGAUAAACACGGACAAACAGCUCUACAUAUUGCGUUACAUAAUAAUAAUAAAGAAAUAGCAGAACUUCUUAUUUCACACGGUGCAAAUAUCAAUGAAAAAGAUUACCAAGAGAGAAUCUCUCUUCAUUAUGCAGCAGAGAAUAAUAAUAAAGAAACUGCUGAACUUCUUAUUUCACUUGGUGCAAAUAUCAAUGAAAAAGAUGAAUAUGGAAAAACCGCUCUUCAUUGUGCAGCAGAAAAGAAUAAUAAAGAAACAGCUGAACUUCUUAUUUCACAUGGUGCAAAUAUCAAUGAAAAAGAUAAAAAUGGAAAAACCGUUCUUCACCUUGCACCACAUUUUGGUGGUAAAGAAAUAGCUGAACUUCUUAUUUCACAUGGUGCAAAUAUCAAUGAAAAAGAUAAUGAUGGGCAAACCGCUCUUCAUUAUGCAGCAGAGAAUAAUAGUAAAGAAACUGCUGAAGUUCUUCUUUCAUAUGGUGCAAACGUCAAUGAAAAAGAUAAUGAUGGACAAACCGCUCUUCAUUAUACACCCCAUUUUGAUGGUAAAGAAAUAGCUGAACUUCUUCUUUCAUAUGGUGCAAACGUCAAUGAAAAAGAUAAUGAUGAAAAACCGCUCUUCAUUAUGCAUCACAUUUUGAUGGUAAAGAAAUAG